AUGUUUUUUCUGCCGCUAACUUUUGCCUUUUUCCUGCAUUUCACGUAAGUGAUUCAAUUCAAUUCAUGAAAAAGUCACGAUUUUUAAAGGCACACAGCUCGAGGUCUCGACACGAUCUACGACUACACGGCGAAGAACGCGGCGGGAAAUUCGAUUUCGCUCGAAAAAUAUCGCGGGAAUGUGGUGAUUUUGGCGAAUGUGGCGAGUUAUUGCGGCUAUACACAAUCGAAUUAUGAGGAUUUCAAGUAUUUGGAGGAGAAAUAUUACGAGCGUGGGCUGAGAAUUGCGCUUUUCCCGUGUAAUCAGUUUGGACAACAGGUGAGGAGGAGGGACUAGAAAACCAACAAAACAAAACUAGGCCACCCAAGGGUAUCUUUAGAAAUUCCAAAAGGUCUUGUGGCCUAGAAAACCAAUAGAAAAACCUAGGUCAUGUCAUAAAUAACCCCUGAAAACCUUAAUUUUUGCAACUGCGCUCCACGGCAAAUUCCCCCGCCAAACCCCCAAAAUUCAAAUAUUUCCGCAGGAACCCGACACACUUCCGCAAAUCUCCACCUUCAUCUCUCAAACUUUCGCAUACGAACCCGAAUUCUUCGACAAAAUCCACGUAAGCGGCCCGAAAUCCAGCGAUUUGUUCGAUUUUCUGCAAAGAGACGCCGAAAUUUCGUGGAACUUCUGGAAAUUUCUGGUGAAUCGUCAAGGAGUUGUUGUCAAAAUAUUGGACCAUUCGAAAAAUCCCCGAGAUUUCGAGCAACAAAUUAUCGAUUUAUUGGGCUCAGAAGAUGCGGCAAAAAUCGAGCUUUGA